CUGUAGCCCUGUAUCUUGCUGACCAGUGGUGGUCAAUUGAUGACAUUGUGAGAACAUCUGUCCCUGCUAGACAGGGGCUUCACCAGGUGAAAACUGUUGGAGAGAGGAUUGUUCUCUAUGUUAUGAAUCGAUUUAUCUAUCGAACACAAGAAAUGGAAGAAGAUGAUAUCCCAUUUCUCUGUCAUAGCAGCAGUCAUUAUGCUAAGAUCUUGUGGAAAACUGGAGAGGCUAUUGGGUUCUAUUCUGUCAUACCUGCAGGAAGUGUUUGUAGAGGUUUUUCUAAUCAGAAUUAUAAGAUGACAGUGCUAGACACAAUCUUUGUAAGAAAGAAACAUCGUGGGAAAGACUUUGGGCUAAUGAUAUUGGAAGACUAUGUGGAUUCUUUUACUGAAGAGGCUCUUGGCUUACGAUAUCCACUGUCAUCCUUUUUGUAUACAGCUUGCAAGCAGUAUCUUGAGAAGUAUCCUGGAGAUAGAAACCUUUUGUGGCAAGUAGAGGGAGCAGGAGAUUGGUUCCAGAGACAGCCCAUUAUGUCGAUUGUGCAACAAGAAGCACGCAUAAUUGCAGCAGAUGCCUUUAACGAGAAUAAGAAUUUCCAAACAGAGGCUAAUUUUUGUCAGCCUGCUCUACCUGAAGCAAGUGGACAGAGGACAGAUGGAGAAACACAGGUAAAUACUGACACUCCAAAAGCUGAAGAAUCAACAGAUGUCCAUGCAAGCACAUCUAAAGACCCUAGUGUUCCUCUCUGGACACGAACCAGUACUUUAAAACGUCCAAAGAUAAAUAAACGUAAACAUGAACGUGGACCUGAAAAUCCCUGGGGAGAUAAGGGAAAUGCUCUUCAUGUGGCUAAAAGGAUGCAUCUUUCCUGCAUAGCUGAAUGCUCUGAAGAAGCAGCAGAAGUACCACCUGAGGUGGAUACUGCUGAGAAGGAUGAGGAAAUGAUUGCUGAAGAUGAGGGCCAGUCUGCAGUACAAACAGAGCAACAUGUAUCACCCCCUGAGAAACAGGGUGAGAAGGAGGAAACUCCAUCAGAACCUCUUAAUGGUGAGGUAACAGAAGAAACAGCUAAGACUUCACUUAUGGGUGAAGAGGAAACAGCAAAUGAAGUUCUAAGUGGCGAAUCAAAAUUCCAGUCUGAGAGUCAAGGAAAAGAACCCUCAGCAGUGUCUGUUCCAUUAAUUCUCGAGCCUCCAGAAAAACCUUCCCAAGACACUGUAUCGGAGAAGGUUUUAAAUACAAAUGAUUCAGAAGUGCAUACUGAAGAAGGCACAUCAGUAGAGAAGGAGGGUACUGAAGAACAGCAAGAACCUGAAGAGACCACCACUGAAAAUGCAGCUGCUUCAGCAUCAAAGGAAGAAUCUUUUGACAGUGACCUGCUCAACUCUGUGCUAACUGAAGCAUCAGAAGAAUCUGUUUCUGAAAACUGUACUACCACACUGGAAUAUAAAAAUGAGGAAGCAGGGCACAACUCGCAGGAGGCUCCUGUUGCCUUGAAUCAGAGCUCUUUGAUAGUGGUUGAACUUGAGGGUGUUUCUUUUCAGCAACCUUCUGGACAGGAAGGACAGAAGAACCAGCUGGAAGACUCCUUGGAAGAGUCUGCUGAGCAGACGGAUCAGUACGUGCAGGCAGUGGCAGAGAGAGCUGCUGACAGCAGCUCUGAGGAAGCAGAAAUUGAGGUACCCGUUGUAGAUCGGAGAAACUUGAGAAGAAAGACCAAAGGCUACAAAAGUCCACCCAAGAAAAAAGGAAAGCCAGCUUAA